AUGGGGUGUUCAGAAUCAAAGAUCAACAACGUAACAACUAUUAAUCAAUGCAAGGAAAGAAUAGCAUUUAUGAAACAAUCAGCAUUGGCCCAUGCGGCAUUUGUUUCAGCCCAUUUUACAUACGCGGCUGCCCUAAAGAACAUGGGCACCGCGCUAUGUGAUUACGCACAAUCAGAACCGCAUGAUCCGCCUUACCAUUCCGUUUGUCCACCUCAGCAGAAGAGAUCACCGGACAACAAUGGUAUAUUAGCAUGGGAUUUCUUUACAUUGUUAAUGGAAGAUGUUCGUGGGGAUAGCUCGGUUGUAGCUAACGAAAAACGUGGUGGUUGGAUGAAGGCGGUGAAGAGCGGGGAAGGGCGGCCGCAGUCGUCCGUCGUGGAAGAUAGGGAGGAUGUGAAUUUGCUGAAGGUGUUUAGAGAGGUUGAUGAUGGUUUUGUUAAAGCCUCUGAGAGUAUAUGUGAAGUUUUCAAGAUUCAUGAGGACAAUAAGUUGCAUUAUCACUCUAGUUUGGCUCAUAAUCAAGGCCAAAGUAAGCAUUCAACAAGAGUCAAGAACAUCAUUAAUGGUGCAAAGGUCGAUUUUUCUUGCAAAGAGAAAGAAACUCAUGCUACCCUACUAGACAAGAUGCUAGAAUGGGAGAUUAGGCUAUAUGAUCAAGUGAAGGUUGGUGACAAGAUGAAAUCCGAAUACCAGAAAAAGAUGGCAUUGCUAAACAAACAUAGAAAACGUGGCGUUAGUAGUGACAAGUUGAAGCAAAUAGAAGCAAGUGUAAAUCACUUGCACACAACAUAUAUUGUGGAGAUGCAAUCCAUAGAUUCAACCGUCUCCGAAAUCAAUCGCCUUCAUGAUCAACACUUGUAUCCGAAACUCGUUCAAUUCGUUCAACAGUUGAGAGAAAUGUGGAACAACAUACAAAGGCAACACAAACAACAAUUGAAGAUUGUGCAAAGGCUAAUCAACAUCAAAACUAGAAUCUCACACUUACCAAAUAACAAAAGCGAAUGUAAUUCGAAGAACAUUGAGAAAAUUUACCUUCAAGUGACGAACUGGCGCUUCGAGUUUGAAAAACUCACGAAUCACAAGAGCGAAUACAUCAAAUCUCUUAACAAUUGGCUAAAGCUAAACUUAGUUUGUAUAGAUCACAAUGUAAGGUCUCAAAACUCUAAUAUAGAGUUGUUGUUACGUACAUGGAAUGAUCGGAUCGAGAAGCUUCCAGAAGAAGGUGUGAAAACCGCGAUUAGGUCGUUGUCAUGUGUAGUUGUAACAGUUGUUCAGUAUCAUGCAGAGGAAAUGAAGUUGAAAGAAAGACGUGAUGAAAUUCGACAAGAAAUAACGAGAAAAACACGCAAGUUUGAGGAGUGGUGCGGCUAA